UUCUUGGCAGAAGUCGUUAGUUACCGCAGCAGCGCGAAGAAGAGAGAAGGUGAAGGUUUGUUGUGAAAACAUCAGAGAUAUUAGAAAGGUUAGGGGUGACCGACCCGCUGCUGGAGUCUGUUAGCGUGUUGUUUUAGAGAUGUUUAGCUAAUGUGUAGAGAGAAAACCCUGCUAUGAUUUAGUUUUACACCCGUUUAGACCACCAUGGGUCAGCUGUUCUCGUCAGAAGAAGAGCUUUCUCUCCUCAAGGAGGCACUUGGUUCUGUCAUGUAUGAGGCCAUGUUGGAAGGUGGUGCUGUACCUGACCUCGGGGUCGUGCAUCCUCUCUUUCUAGCCAAUCAAAAUGAGGAUUCUGCUUCUCAGCCCCGUCUACAGGCACACCUGCAACAGCUGCAGAGGGACAUGGGAAACCGUGCGCCAACCUACCUGAGGGAUCUGAUUGGCCGACUGUCAGCCUUCUCUGACGAGCCGCGCCUGGCAGGCCUGGUGGGAUUAGUGGUAACUAUGGUGAUGGAUAUGGCCUACUCGUCAUCAAAGCGGCCAUCAGGAGAGAAGGGAAGGUCAGCUGGGUCGUCGUCGUGUCAGCAGAGAAUCUGGGAGCUUGAAGAGGUAAUGGAGGAGUACCUGAAGCGCUGUCGGAUCAACCUGAGUGAUAAAAGCAGGUUGAUCCAGGACUCUUUCAGACUUGAAAACCAGUUCAGCCUCCUCCUCACGCAGCUGAAGGCCUGCCUGCUGGGUGGGGACUGCGACUCCAGGUCUCUGAGACACUGGGCGUGUGGAGCAGCUUUUCACACUCAGAUGUUGGCUCACCUGUCUCGUCUGGAGGAAAAGGCUGAGCCCUUUUCUGCCAGGGCAGCUCUAGAUCAAUACAAGCAAGAUCUCAAACAGAUAAUUCCUGCCUACAGGAAUUAUAGGUCUAAUACAGUGGUUGUGGUGAAAUGUCGAGGAGUCCUUCUGGCAAAUUUGGACCCAUGCAGAGAGGUGCCAGAGGACGGCACCAUGACAGGACUCACCGUGAUGGACAGAGAGACAGGAAAGAGUGUGAGCAUUCCUCUCUCCACCAUGGAAGCAGAUAUAAGAAGAAGAUGUAACGAUUCUGAUCACAAUGCUUUAAAUCUGGACCUCAUCACCUCAGAUCAGUACGCUCAGGCUUAUCUAGAUCACCUCUUCUCCAGUAAGGGACCUCUGGCAGAGCUGGAAAACUACUUUACCCAGAUAGAUGAGAGACUGGGAAUGCAAAGGUACGACAAGCAAAGUAAAAGCAAGAAUGCAAUAAGAGAGAUGACCGAACAAAGGGGAGAAGUGCAUCUUUCAGACAUGGUGGAGGGAAACACAGAACAGCAAAAAAUUGGUGCGAAGGAAAUCGGAGAAUGGACAACAGAACAUACGGACGGUGCAGCCAGUUUGAAACUGAGUAUUGUAGAGACACAGCCUGAGGAAAGCCUCAGUCAGACAGAUUAGGGAUCACCAAGUGCAUAAAUGCUGAUUUCAGUCGCCCACUGAAGGAAAAAAAACUUAAGCGAAAUCUGAGAUUUUAUGUUUCUUUCUAAUUCAGAAAAGAGCUUAUUGUUCAGUUCUCAGGAAGACAUCACAAGUAACCUUUAUUCUGUUUGGAUGCUGCUAUUCUGGAUUAUUUUCUAAAUAAACAAAAACAUG